AUGGCUUCCGAUAAAAACAUUCGAUGCCAUCAUUGCGCAGGUCCCCUUUCAAAAGAGAUGGAAACCAGUAAGUGGACCGUUGCGCCUCUUAUUAGGGAUAGCUUUUCUAUGAUUGGUUCUGCUGUUGGUGGCACCACAAGUGCAUUCUAUGGAUUCAAUCAUGUUAUGCCAGUUGUCCAUAGAUGGGUAAAAGGACCGAUGUGGGUACAUUUUCUCGUUGGUACACCACCUGUGAUAGUAUUCUCCUCAGUAUGCGCAGGACUGGCAGGUGGGGCUGUUCCUGCUUUAGCACAACUUGUUUCUUCAUCUUACCAUGCAGCACAAUCAUCACCUCCUUCAGAGGAUGAUAAGAUUCAGAAAUCAAGAACUUCAUCCACUCUCUAA